AGAAAUCCGGCUUCGUAUAUCCUUUAGCUAAAUCGUCACGAUGUCGGAUUCAUCAUCUUCCGAGUCACCAGUUUCGGAGAAAACAAAGGUGAAGUAUCUGCCAAUCGCUGCUAAGCAGAUUGUUAUGCCGGGUGCAAUCGUUAAAGGCCGUCGCCAGCCACCAUGGUAUAGUGUUCGCAUUCUCGAAGAGGAGAGACCCGAUUUAGCGGAUGUCAACGGCAAGAUCAACCUUGAGAAGCACGAAGCCACUCUGAUGGAUAUGUUUAUUAGAAAAAAGAGCGACCUACAAACCGGCGAUCUUAUUGUCACAGAUGAUAACUUGGAUGAGGAAGAUAGAAAAUUUAAUCGUUACGAAGUGCAGCUGAAGUACAAUGAAGGACGGUACACGGCUCUUUAUUUAAUAUCGCGGCAAAUUUGUGCCAACAACGAAACUGUUGAAAAGAAUACUUUAUUCGCAAUGAAAACUAGCAUAAGACCGUAUAGUGUAAACAUCGUAUUGAGGAUGAAGCGUGAAUUACGCAUAUUAAAUGAGUUGAAAAAGAACAAGUGUCCAUAUUCACCUGUGGUUCUAGAUAGCGGACGCGUUGCUGAUUUGCCCUUUAUAGUCAUGAAUCUUUUGGAUCGCAACCUUGAAAAGCUUCGGGAGCAAGUGGUCAACUUCAAACCAACAACUGCAUAUUAUAUUGCUCAUGAGGCGAUUUCAGCCAUAGCGUUCCUGCAUUCUUGCAAGUAUGUUCAUCGUGACAUAAAGCUCACAAAUUUUUGUAUUGGAGCGGGUCCACUGGCAACCCGUAUAUUUUUGAUUGACUAUGGUGAUACAGUGAAACCUGGGAAAAAGAUAAGAUAUGGGACGCCCGAUGCCUACACUUUACCGUUUUGGAGCUUGGACGCGCAUAAACGUUUGGCUGCCCGGCAGAAGGGCGAUGCCGAGUCGUGGUUCUACAUGUUAAUUGAACUGUUGCUACCGGACUCUUUGCCCUGGGGUCGUCUUCACAACAUUAGAGAAGUUGAAGCAGCAAAGACUAAGUUAUGGGAAGGUGGACGUCGUAUAAGCAGAUCUCCAUACAUUUUGCUAAUUUUCGAUCUAAUACAACAAUCUAUAAAUGACUUCGACCACCAUAGAGCAAGAAGGAUCGUUCGCGAAGCCAUAGAAAAUUACCUCACUGGACCGCUUAUAUUGGAAUGGGCAGCGAAUCUUCGUGUCAACAUGCCUCCUCUGAAGGGGAAGAGGCUUGUCAGCCCAAAUACUCACAAGCGGAUGUUGAGAAAGCAACUUAGAGGCACUUCACCUCUCAUCUCCAAUCAGCAAGAAGCUGUAAGUAAUAUCGCUGGAGAAGUGAGGGAAGAAACACGCAAACGCGAAAGUAGACCUAGAAAUGUGACGGCGGCACCUUACGAUAGCGGAAAAAGCAAAAAGAUAGCUGCACAACAACGACAGAGAACUCCAUCCCCACAGCAGCAACGAGGUCGAACACCAAAAAAAGGAAAAAAAGUUGGAAAUGGAUAG